AUGGUUUUGUACGAAUCUUAUAUAGCUCUAAAUAAACACAUAAAAAAAGACGAUGUAAAGAAUUUAAUGAAAAACUUUAAUUUUAUAGUAAAUAAACACAAUGGUAAUAUAAUAAGUAUAAAUGAUUUAGGUUGGAGAAAAUUUGCUUUCUGUAUAAAGAAGCCCAACGUAGGAACAUUUCAUUUUGGUAGAUUUUAUUGUAUUACAUUUUAUUCAAAUGGAAAAAGUAUAAAAGAUUUAAACGAGUUCUUUCAUAGCAAUACUUUUAUUUUACGAUUUUUAAAUGUUAAAAUGAAAUAUAGAUCAAAUUUUUUGGUUGCGCCCUUUUCGUACAUUAAUGAGUAA